AUGUCCCGUUGUAAACACACUGGCUGGCUGCGCGUGGCCACCAAAGACCAGGCGUACGUCGUCGAAAGCUCGGGUCGUGCCCAGAGACUGCUGGACGGUCUGCCACGCCCGGAUGGCCAAUACCCGAGUAUUCUCGUGCUGAUUGGAAACACGGCCAAGCGGGUUGCCCUGCAAAGACUCGGUGUGUACAUCACCGCGCCCAACACGGCCCGGGGCCACGGCGAGAUCCAUCUUAACGUGGCUUCUGUCGGCGCGUCCGGCGCAAGGCCGACGCUGAUUGCCGAUGCCGACAUCCCGCCUCAUAAGCGGCUCGGCAGGCCGAGAAAAUCUACGCUUUGCCAUGAAGUCGUAGCAAGGCCACUGUCGAUCUCUCACGGUGGGAACAUCACGUCCACGAUGCCGUCCGCGAUGCCGUCCACGAUGCCGUCCGCGAUGCCGUCCGCGAUGCCGUCCGCGAUCCUGCCCACGACAGUAGAAGCUGGCGAUCAUGUCUAUAAUCGCAUGCUUCUCCCGUUUGCUGAUGCUGUGUGUUUCUUUGCCGACGAUAUCGGCGGCGUAGAGGCCGUCGCCCAGCGUCUGGCGUCGUGGCUGAAUCUGAGUACGCCGUCCACAUCGUCGGUGCGGCCUUGGUUAGUGGUAGUCGUGAACGGCGAAGAAGAGGACUCCACACGAAGUCGCCUGCUACAGUCCGUCCGCAAUCGGACAAGCGCCAACGUGUCCGAACGAUUCCACGGCAUUCGCGUCAUCAGCCUGGCCAACAAGACGCCCAAGUCCCUGCGACGCCGCCUUGGUUCCCUGCGCUGGGACAUACUCAGCAAUGAGCUUUCCUACAUGACGGAGACGAAACGGGUCGAGCGCGUGCUCGCCAGCUGCCUCUUCUCGGCCACCCACCUCGCCGGCCUUCUCCGCCACGCCACAGAGCACGUCGGCGGUGCCGGCGCGCCGCCCCUCGACUUCCUCGCCGUCUCCCGGCUCGACAACCCGGUGGCGGCGGAUCUGCCGGCGCACCUCGCAGGGUUCCUCACGCACUGCGACUCCGUUGACGACCUGAAGAGAUUCGCCGUGCCCGUCAUCGCCUCCAGCUUCAUACUGGACCAGUACCCUCCGAACAUGCACCUCUUCGAUCCGCGCGACGUCUUCCAGAUGUUCUACAAGGACGUGUGCCACAACGUUUGCGGCACCGCCGUCCUCGCGCACGAAGGAUCCACCGACUUCCUCCUGCCGUCUCAGUUCGCCAAAAUGGUCGAGGCUCAGAUGGCCCGUAUGUUCCGGCAGCUGGCGACGGGCCAAGCCUCAGCGUCGCUGCAUCGACAGCUUGUCGCCGCCUUCACGGAGGACUGGGUCCAGCUCAAGUCCAACAGCACAUGCUACCUUUGUCUGCGGCGCGCUCCGCAGGUCUUUCCCGCGUGCGGCCACGGUCACUGUCUAAACUGUGUCGAGGUGUUUGGCGUCGCAAGUGCGGCCGACCCGUGGCUCAUCGAACCGGACACCGCGUCGGUGCGGGUCUUGUGUAUCGACGGCGGCGGGACGCGGGGCAAGUACCCCCUCAAGGUGUUGAAGCAGCUCGAAGACGACAUCGGGCUGCCCGGCCAUCCGGUACAGCAGAACUUUGACGUCGUCUUCGGGACGAGCUCAGGUGCCAUCAGCGCCGGCGCCCUCUGCAUCAACGGGUGGACGGUGGACGAGUGCAUCGCCCGCUUCGAGUCCCUUUCGAACCACGCGUUCACGCCUCGCCGGGUUCCGUCCGUUCCCAUCAUAGGCCCUCUCAUACGACUGAUGAUGCGGGUCCCCUUCUUUGCCACAGUUGUGCGUGCCGCAGCCUUGCUUCUAUUCGACAGCAGGUACCCGUCGCGGCACAUCGAGAAGGCUCUGCGAGACAUGUUCGGCUCCGGGAGAAGCAUCACCGACUACUCGGCGGCCGACACGAUGGGUGCCAUGGUUGGCAUGACGGUUGCUACCGUGCAAGACGCAAGCGCCUGCAUCUUCACCAGCUACAACGGAGUUGGCCAGCGGGCCGGCGAUCGCGGUAGUCUCCCCGUCUCCGUCCCUGUCUCCGUUCCCGUCGAGGCCAUUCGAAGCGCGCGAGCCGAUGCUGACGGACUCUAUUUCACGCCUUGGUCCAUUGACGGCCUCGGCACCUUCCAGGACGGCGGCUUAGUGGCCAACAACCCGUCCUCGAUCGCGCUGCAAGAGGUGGCCUCCCUCUUCCCUGAAGCGCCACACCCAAGCCUUCUGGCCUCGAUGGGCACUGGCUCCUCCUCGAGCUCGCCCGGCGGCGGGUGGCGGGACUGCUUCCUCCUCCGCCUGGCGCGAGCGUUCCGCAACCGCGACAAGAACGACUGGCAGCGGGUCGUCGCACAGAAGAAGGUGGGUCGAUCCGGUGAGUUCUUCCGCUUCGAUGUCGAGUUCGACGGCUCCGAGCCGCCAUUGGACAGCCUGUCCAGCUUCGACGAUGAAGAAGAUGAUGGGUGCACCUUUGAAGGCCUCCCGGCCCUGAGACGUCUGAGAUUGUGCGCGAGGGCAGAGCUGUUCGUCUUUGAGCUGCAUGCUUCGCGUCCGUACCUGUUCUCCGACGGGGGGUACGAUUGCCGCGGGCAGAUUUGUUGCCGGCUGAGCGCUCGCUCCGAGAGCCUGACGGCGUUGAUGCGGCAGCUCGCGAGCGGCAAGGCGUAUUUCCGCGUCGGCGGCCAUAAGGUAGCUUGUGAUUUUGCGUCAUACCCGGCGGCGUUCCCAGAUGGUCAUUUCCGUCUGGACGUGAAGUUUCGCGUGGCCAGUCUGCAGGAGUCGCUCGCCAUUUGCCUAUGGGAGACCGCCGAUGAGGGUCACGACAUCAGCGGCUCGCCGUUUAUCGUGCAGCAGCUGGUGCGGAGCCAAAAGCUCGAGCAGUGUUUCGGCACCUCUGAUCAUCGUACGAAACGGCGACGGGACGACGACGAUGACGAAGACGAGGGCGCAAGCCGUAAGCAGCCGAGAUUGAAGCGGUAG